AUGACAAUCAAAGCACUCGGUAAUAAGUAAAUAUGACAGAGAUUUCUUCCAUUUUUUAUCAUAAUAAAAUGUUUCAUUGAACACUACACGAUUAGCCGAAUACUACAUGACUUUCCGCACAGUCAAAAUUAUUCGUUUAUAUUUCAUGCAAUAAGAUGCAAUUUGAUCCCGAGGAGGACUUUCCAGAGGCAUGGAAAUUGUUAAAGCCUUUCAUGCUCAGCGACGAGACUCUGGUAACCCUCCGCAAUUCAAUGUCGCGUGAAUUACUUAAAGGUCUGGCCAGGGAUACCCAUGACCAAUCCUCUGUACCCUGUUUGCUGAGUUAUGUACAACAGUUGCCGACGAGCCACGAGCGAGGUCGUUUCCUUGCUUUAGAGAUGUGGCCUACCAAUUGCCGUAUUAUGCUAGUCAAGUUCGGUAGCGAGAAGGACAUAUACAUGAGCUCCAAGUGCGUCAUUGUGCCACAUACGGUAGCCGCAUCGCGAGGCACUACGCUUUUCAACUUUCUGGCCUACAAUAUUGCGGUGUUUGUCAGAGAUAAAAAAGUUGAGAAGGAUAACCUUCCCAUGGGAAUUGCAUUUGCUUUUGAACUUAAUAAAUUGUCUCUUGAUGUGGGGAUUUUGCUCAGGUGGACCAAGGGCUAUGGCGCUCAAGGAGCGGUGGGUAAGGACGUGGUGCAGCUGCUCCGGAAUGCUCUGGAUGAGUACAAGGAUAUACACAUAAACCUGAAUUCAAUUGUCAACAUUGCUAUCGGCGCACUAAUGGCAGUAAGCUGGUCGCACCCCAAUUGUAGAAUGGGCUUAAUUGUGGGCACAAACACAAAUGCUGCUUAUGUGGAGAAGACUGAAUCGUGCGAAUUAUAUGAUGGCGAUCCGUCCAUCCCAAUAAUGAUAAUCAAUACUGGGUGGGGUAACUUUGGCGGCAAUGGACAUUUAGAGCUUAUACGCAACGAGUUCGACAAAUUAGUCGAUUCUGUGUCUAGCGUACCGGGCACAAAGUUUUAUGAGAAAUGCAUAAGCACCUUAUAUAUGGGCGAGUUAGUGCGACUUAUUGUUGUGCGUCUAAUGAAUAUGGGAGUGAUUUUUAAGGGAGCGAGCAUGGACUACUUCGGCAUUCAAUGGAAAAUGGAAAUGAAGUCAAUUAUGGCAAUCGAAUCCGAUCCGCCGAAUGUUUACACAAGCGCCCAGGCAGUAAUGGAAAAAUUUCGUAUCCGAAAUUGUAGUCAACGUGACUUGGCAACGUUGCGAUUCAUAUGCAAAACGGUCAGUCUGCGUUCUGCUCAGCUGGUAGCUGUUGGUGUAGCCUGCUUAAUCAAUCGGAUGAACUCCCCAAACAUUUCGAUUGCUGUUGAAGGUGGGGUAUAUCGUUUGUAUCCCAGUUAUCAAAUGAACCUCAAUAAGUACGCCUUAAUGCUGACCAAUCCUCAAAACAAGUUUGAGUUCAUCAUCGCAGAAGAUAGUCCAGGAGUUGGUGCUGCCAUCGUAGCUGGUCUAGCAUAAGCAAUAAAAACCGAAAAUAGUGAGCAAGUGUAGUAGCGUAGAAAUAAUAUAGAUUAAAUUAUUUAAUGGUCUUAGCAUAUACGUCUAGACUAUGUGUAUAUUAA